AUGCUCCACUAUGACUACGCCAUACAUAUGGCUAGAAUAUUGGACUGGUCAAUACAACCUCCAGCCAAGCUCUGGAUUACCAUAGAACAUGCGGCUUCACAUACUCCACUAGAGGCCCUCCCCUGGGCAUACACAGGAACAGUGGACUUUCCAACUCCCAGAUAUCACACCAUAGGAGCUACCAUAGCAGUUUGGAAGAAAAUAGUUCAUCUCCCAGACGUGUCCCCAGGGAUAUCACAGAGAUACCCCAUAUUACACAGUAUCCGGUUCCCA